CAAAGAGAGAUGGAUGCGAAGUCAAAGUCACAUCACCUCCAGGUUGCUGCUGUGGGAGAGCUAUCUCCCGGCAUACCCGCUCACUAUGUACGCUGCGGUGAAGAUUUGCCGUCUGUGCGAGGUUUAACUUGUCCCUCGGUUACCCGGAGGUCGCUUGCGGAGAUAUGUCCUGAGAGAUUUCUCUGCGCUCAGAUGAGGGGAAGCGUGCGCACUCUCUCUCUCGUUCUGUUCUCCGCACCACGGACACGGACACGGACACGGACCACAGCUACACUCCGUAACCGUGCGCCCAAGACAAAUGCGCGGGAUGGAGAACGACGGGACUGAAGAAACUUUGCGGCCUCAGAAUCUAUACACCACCUUCCUGGUGAUCCUGGUCUUCUUCGUGAUGGGCCUGUUGGGCAUUCUGCUGUGUCACAUACUGCAGGAGAGGGGCUACCGCUGCCGGACUUCCCAGGGGCUGGAGCCAGAGGCCGAAGCAGGUGCUGCAGCCGAGGAUGUCCAAGAUUCAAACCAGGACACAGUGGGGCAAAUUGUGCAAUGCAUCUUAGACAACAAAGCCAAUGCAGAGGCACUGAACAAGAUGCUGAAGGAAUAUGAACAGACGAGAGCCCUGGAACACAGGCUGUUCUUCCCCGAAGAAUUUGGAGGGCAGUCCGAUGAUCAGAGGCCUCACCUCCACACUGUGCACUCAGACACCUCAGGAGAGAAUCGUUCAGUGUGUCUGCACUGCGCUCAACCGAAGAAGCCAGCUACAAUUAAUGCUCGCAGUCGGCUGCCCGGUGCUAAAAGACGUGGCCCCAGGGUAGAAGUCACUGUCGUUUCUGUGGGCAGGUUCCGAGUGACGCAUAUCGAACGGUGUCGGGCAGCAGAGGAGCUGGCCGCGGGCUUGAGUAGUCAGCCCCGUUCCAAGGAGACGGCAGAGGGUGUCAGCGAGCUCCUCAGUGGUGAACGCAGAGUUUCAGGAGAUCCCUCACCAGACAGAGGACCUUGCGCCACACGGACCGACCGUGGUCGAUGACAGACGACUUCAGAGUACCACGAGGAAAGGGUCCCAAACCAACCUCAGCACGAAUCUCCAUCGGUGACUGGGAGGGGAGCGGACCCGCCUGAGGCCACAGCGCCUGAA